GGCAGCAGGUGGGCGGGGUGCGGGCGGCGGCGCGGCCGGGGGCUGCCGGCUGCGCUCCGACCGGCGUGCGGGCGGCCGUCAUGGACUUCAACAUGAAGAAGCUGGCGUCGGAUGCGGGCAUCUUCUUCACCCGGGCGGUGCAGUUCACAGAGGAGAAAUUUGGGCAGGCCGAGAAGACCGAGCUCGAUGCCCACUUUGAAAACCUCCUGGCCCGGGCGGACAGCACCAAGAACUGGACAGAGCGGAUCCUGAGGCAGACGGAGGUGCUGCUGCAGCCCAACCCCAGUGCCCGGGUGGAGGAGUUCCUGUACGAGAAGCUGGACAGGAAGGUGCCCUCGCGCGUCACCAACGGGGAGCUGCUGGCCCAGUACAUGGCGGAGGCGGCCGGCGAGCUGGGCCCCACCACGCCCUACGGGAAGACCCUGAUCAAAGUGUCUGAAGCUGAGAAGCGCCUGGGAGCCGCCGAGCGGGACUUCAUCCACACAGCCUCCAUCAGCUUCCUCACGCCCCUGCGCAACUUCCUGGAAGGGGACUGGAAGAUCAUUGCGAAGGAGAGGCGGCUCCUUCAGAACCGGCGCCUGGACCUGGACGCCUGCAAGGCGCGGCUGAAGAAGGCCAAGGCUGCGGAGGCCAAAGCCACCACGGUGCCUGACUUUCAGGAGACUAGACCUCGUAAUUACAUUCUUUCGGCCAGCGCCUCUGCGCUUUGGAAUGACGAAGUAGACAAGGCUGAGCAGGAGCUCCGGGUGGCCCAGACCGAGUUUGACCGGCAGGCAGAAGUGACACGUCUCCUGCUGGAGGGCAUCAGCAGCACUCACGUGAACCACCUUCGUUGCCUCCACGAGUUUGUCAAGUCCCAGACGACCUACUACGCGCAGUGCUACCGCCACAUGCUGGACCUGCAGAAGCAGCUGGGCAGAUUUCCAGGCACCUUUGUGGGCACUACAGAGCCUGCCUCCCCACCCCUGAGCAGCACCUCGCCCACCACCGCCGCCGCCACUAUGCCCACAGUGCCCCAGGUGGCCAGCCUGGCUCCUGCGGGAGAAGCCCCACUGUGCCUGGAAGAGGUGGCGCCCCCUGCCAGCGGGACCCGCAAGGCCAGGGUGCUCUACGACUACGAGGCUGCCGACAGCAGUGAGCUGGCCCUGCUGGCCGAUGAGCUCAUCACUGUCUACAGCCUGCCUGGCAUGGACCCCGACUGGCUCAUUGGUGAAAGAGGCAACAAGAAGGGCAAAGUUCCCGUCACCUACUUGGAACUGCUCAGCUAAGCAGGCCUGCCACCUAGCUGGUCUGUUGGUGACAGCUGCUCAGGGUGGAGAUGAACCCCAUCCUGCCCAUGCACCAUCAUCUGGCUGUGAGGGACCCACGGCUGAAUGCCUGCCCCUCCGCCAGCCCUGCUUCUGAUGUGGCUCUGAAGCCCCGGCCAUGGCUGCACCCCCUGCGCACCCCAGUCCUCCCCGCCUCCCCCAAAGGUGGGAGGAGCACUGCUCGGCACCGCAGUGGGCCCAAGACCUGCUGGAGGCACCCUUGGCAUGGAGAGAGCACCUGCCUUUUAGUUGCCAAAGGCCGAGGGGCAGCAAGCAGGCAGGGCGCAUCCCUGAGGGGCAGGGCAGGGCUGGGCCGGGCCGCACUGCGGCCAGGCUAAAGCAGCGCUGCCUGGUGCUGCCCGUCCCCGCCAUGGAGCCCAGCCAAGGCGUGGCUGCUGCCUUCCACGCUCACUUUUUAACUGGUAUUUUUACUUCCACCUGUCUGCUUGCUCUCUAGCCAGUGGCGAAUAAAGCGUCCUUUGUGUG